CGGGACAAGGACAGGAUCGGACCGGAGCGGGACUCACUAGGACAGGACCGGAACAGGAUCAGGACCUGGACCGGGCCAGGAUCGGGACAGGGACAGAUCAGGACCGGGCCGGGGUCGGUACCGGAGCGAGCCCGCCCCAUGUCCGGCGGCGGCCCGUUCGAGGAGCGCUCCGUGAGCGUGCUGUGCUGCCGGUUCUGCCGGCAGGUGCUGAGCUCCCGCGGGAUGCGGGCCGUGCUGCUGGCCGACACCGACACCGACCUCUACUCCACCGACAUCCCGCCCUCGGGAACCGUGGAUUUCAUCGGGAGCUGCUACUUCACUGAGAUCUGCAGGUGCAAGCUGAAGAACAUCGCCUGUUUGAAGUGUGGGAAUGUGGUUGGCUACCACGUGAUCUGUCCCUGCAAGCCCUGCCUGCUGUCCUGCAACAACGGCCACCUCUGGAUGUUCCACAGCCAGGCAGUGUUUGGCAUCACCAGGCUGGACCCUUCUGGUGUGAAUGUGUUGCAGUGGGGCAACCUGCCAGCUCUGGAGGAAAGCGCAGAAGAAGACACGUCCUGCACCUCUGAGGAGGAGUUCAUCAGAUAAAUGUCACCUGCAGGAUCUUCCCUCCACCUGGCUGUUUGCUUUGGGUUUAUUUAAUUUCACCUGCUGGCCCAUCAGACCUUAAACAAUAGGAAAAAAAACCCCAGGAAAUCUGGAAAAAAAUCCAAAGAAAUGGAAUUCUUCUUGUUCUUUCCCUGUAACCUUCCCUGGAUCUGCCUGAGCAGAUACACCUUGGAAAUGCCAGCACCAAGUGCAUUUACUGAGCUCUAUUUUGCUUUUUAUUCCUAACCCUCUACAGCUGAUAAUCCUUCUUUUCUUCUUCCCUAAAGCACUUUUCACAGAGCAAAACCUCUCAGCUGCUCUCAGUUCAAAAGAACUUUCAGGAAUAAUCAGCCGGGUCUGGCAGAGCUGAGCUCUCUGCUCAAAACUCAAAGUUUUCUGCUCUGGCUCUGGGAUCUCCUGCUCUUUGCAGCUUCUCUGCACCUGAGCGUGCUCCUAAAUAUGCACUGGGAAGCCUCUUAGAGCCUUUCCAUCUUUAUUUUUUAAUACUUUCAGGGUUCUGUCUCCACAGAGAUCAAGUUCAUGUUUUUUCUCCUUGAAAAAACCUAAAUGCUGCAGUUUCUUAGCAGAACUUCAAGGCUACACUGGAGUUUUUCUUCAGGGCAACAAUAAAACUCAUCCACUUUCAUAUAUAUAUAUAUAAUUUUUUUUUUCUCCUCUCCAAAACAAAGCAAAAUGAAAUUGGGUCUUUUUAGAGAAAGAAAGGGAAAAAAAAGUUAGAUACUUGGUGUCCAUACCUAAUUUUCCAUCCUGAGGUGCACAGACAAUCUGGUUCUUGUAGGUAAUGAAUUCAAAGGUCAUUUUCUGAGUUGUUAACAAACCAUGAUGUUUAAUUUCUGAACUAAGUGCUGUCCCCUUCAGCUACUCACCUGAAGGCCAGCAAUAAAAAAUUCCAGCUAAAAUCAUGUCAGAGAACAGAGGGCACUUUUAAAUUUGGAUUAAUGCUGAAUAAAUAGCUCUGUAGGCUCCUGUGAUACUUGAAAGGGAUGCAAUGAAUUGUCUCAGUAUUUUUACUGCUCAUUAUAUAUUUCUUAAUUAAUGGUACUACCUCUUCUGCACUGUUUAAAUGUAUAUUUGUGUGUGUGUGUCUUGUUUUGAAUUCCUGUGUUGUGUCUGCCCAGGAAAUAAAAGCUUUGGACUCUGGAGUCUUCAGGGCUGUCAUAAAUAUGGAUGUGUAAUGAUAUCAGAUAAUCAAAACAAUGAAAUAGCA